GCUAAGGGAUGAGUGAGUCUGAGCUCGGUCUCUUCCCAGCACGUUCUCAGCUGCUCGGGUUCAGACCCAACCGGGGAGCCGGGAACCGGGCUCACCAUCCCCGGCAGGCUAGACUGCGGGGGCGCUGAGCGCUUCCCGCGUGUCCGGGGCUCGGAGUUCCCGCCGCCGGAGCGGGGACAGGACUGCAAAGGUCCGGGGGUGCCUGUGGAAUCCAGCGCCUCUGGCUCCCCGGGUCCCCCGCAGCGGGAGCCCCAGAGGCGCGCUCAGCCCCGGACCGCCGUGAAACAAGAUUCCUAUUGAGAACCCGCCGCAAUUACCACAAUGGGCAGCAAAACUUUGCCAGCGCCAGUGCCCAUCCACCCAUCCCUACAGCUCACCAACUACUCCUUCCUCCAGGCAGUAAACGGCCUGCCCACGGUGCCCUCGGACCACCUGCCCAACCUGUACGGCUUCAGUGCUCUGCACGCCGUACACCUGCACCAGUGGACGCUGGGCUACCCCGCCAUGCACUUGCCACGAUCCUCUUUCUCCAAAGUGCCCGGAGCCGUGUCCAACCUGGUGGAUGCGCGCUUCCAGCUGCCCGCCUUUCCCUGGUUCCCCCAUGUCAUCCAGCCCAAGCCCGAGAUCACCGCGGGAGGCAGCGGCCCGGCGGCCCUCAAGACCAAGCCGCGCUUCGAUUUUGCCAACCUGGCCUUGGCCGCCACGCAAGAAGAUCCGUCCAAGCUUGGCCGGGGGGAGGGUCCCGGCUCCCCCACAGGUGGGCUGGGCGCCCUCCUGGAUGUGACCAAGCUAUCCCCGGAAAAGAAGCCCACGAGGGGACGCCUGCCUUCCAAAACUAAGAAAGAGUUCGUCUGCAAGUUCUGUGGUCGCCACUUCACGAAGUCCUACAACCUACUUAUCCAUGAGCGGACGCACACGGAUGAGCGGCCCUACACUUGUGACAUCUGCCACAAAGCCUUCCGGAGGCAAGACCACCUACGGGAUCACAGAUAUAUCCACUCCAAAGAAAAGCCUUUCAAGUGUCAAGAGUGCGGGAAAGGAUUCUGCCAGUCCAGGACUCUCGCUGUCCACAAGACGCUACACUCACAGGUGAAGGAGCUCAAAACCUCCAAGAUCAAAUGCUAAGGAGAGUCCCCCUCCGGUCAGCAGGACCCUGGGUCACGCCCACCCCUCCUCCAGAGGAACCAGAAGCCGGAAGGAGACGGACUCUCGCAGACCUCGGGAAGGGCUCCCGGACCUUCCCUGGUCCCCAACACAGCCCCUUGGGUCCCGGGCGGG